AUGGACCCAUUCCCGAUAUGCGAUGAUGGGCAGGACAUUGCCAUGCUCCCCUGGAUGAUGCUGGAGUGGUUCUAUGUCGCACAGGCCGGUGCAGGGGUGGAACUGCGCUGGCUACAUUUGCUUCGGCCCCUACUGACGCUCCGUCGUUGUGUGCCGGGGACUGAGCGCCCGCCACAAGGAGCCAGGAAUGCAGCAAGGGCUUUGAAGACCUUGGUCUUGGAGUCUUUACCGCGCAGUUGGCUUUGGAAGCACGUCACGCUGCUGCACUAUUCCCUCUUGUGGUGUAGCUACAUGCUCCUCUCCUUGUGGUUUAGCUGGCGCAUCUUUCUCAUGACCUUCAUCACGCCCUUCCAAGAACACCUGGCUGUGAGGGAGGUUUUGAUCCUGGUACCGCUGACUCUGGUGAUGCUGCGCAUGCUUGCUGUCGUGAACAUGAAGGCUGUCUCAAAGUUGCGCAGCUAUAUCGUGAGGGCUCCCAGCGAGAUGAGUGAAAUCCGUGCGUAUCAUGCCACCCAAUGGUCCAAUAUCCAAAGUAUCCGCGAAAAUGGGUUACGUGUUUCAACACAGGGCAUGUUGGGGCGCGGCGUCUAUAUCUCCCGGGAUUUGAACAAAGUCUGGGGCUACGGCGGCCCUGCGGGGGCCAUCUGCGAAGUACACGUCUCGGUGGGCCGCAUUCGCAUCAUCGACCGGCAGCACCACCCCAAACAGAACCUUUGGAGCAACGAGGCAGAUAUGGCUUACGUACCUUACCGCUGUGGCAUGGUGCCCUCUGGCCUGGAAGAGGCCUGUGUGGCUGAUGUGAAGAGAAUCCAACUGGUGAGGGUCUGGGACAAGCGCCUACUGUUUGUCCUGCUGAUCUACGACAUCUUCCGAACGAUCCUAGAGCAGCUGCGCUGCACAGCGAUUGGGAGCACCUGGCGAUGGCUCUGCACGCACCAGGCACGGCUGCGACCGAAAAAACGGCUUUGGGCCCACGAUCUGGAGCACGGAGCAGUUCCAUAUUGCGCCGACAAAUGCUGGCAUCAUGAGCCUCACGCCACGGUGCCUCCUGCGCUGCUGAAGAAGUGUGACCGCAGCCAGUGACCAUCGGCAACGCAUGGCAACGCCAUUUACAGAUGGUUUUUCUCAUUAAACCCCUCCAUUUUUGUUGGGAGUUUCCGUUGCCGCGUUUGAGUACCAGAGGCUAGG